AUCAGUAUUGUCACUAUUUGUAUUUAUAGUCCAGCACUAAAUUUGUUAUCUUUGUAUUUUUUUACUUUGUUAUUCUUUUUCCUUUUAAUAAUAAAAUCUUUUUUUAAAGUGUCUUCAGGAAUAGUCCUAUUAGAAUGUUGCAGUUGACACAUACAAAAAAGUUUGUUAUAGAAAAUUGGUUUGAAAAGCUUUACAAAUUUUUUUGACAGAUAAAUUCUCCCAUACUUCACAACUAACUGAAAAUUUGGAUACUAUAAAAUUAAACUGAUCAACAUUAAUGCUCCCAUUUUAGCAAUACUGAAAUCUACCAUCAUACAGCAGAAAGUAAAAUGAGAUGCCAUUGAAGAAAAGAUGGAAUCAUCUAUUCUUAAUUGAUAUUGUAACAUUUCUCCACUAUAUUUCUUAAGGGUUUAUCACAGUUGGCCAUGUUGAAUUGGUUGCUAAAGAUUUAUGAGAUUACCGUGGUGCUUUAUGUACUAUUUCAUUUUUAAAAAUCAUUUAGGACUCACUACAUUGAUUUCCUGCCUUCUGGUGGGUUGCAGCCUGCAUUUUGGAAAACAUUGGUCUAGGAAUAUAAUGAGUAAAUAGGACAGUUGCUUAGGGUUAAUAGAGAAUGGUAGCAAAGCUCAAGUUUCAUAGGGCUUAGUAAGCCACAAUAAAAAUUUUGGCAGGUAUUUUAGGUGUGAUGGAAAAUCUUAACAAUCAUCAAGAUUUUUGGGAAUUGGAUGAUCUCAAUUAAAAAAAGAAGAUCAUGCUGGCUGCUGGGAGGACAAUGGAUUUAAGAGAUGGGGCUAGGAAAAAAAAAAAAAAAAAAGGAUGGGGCUAGAGCAAGGUGGGCAAACUAGCAUGCAAGCCAAAUCCUCACCACCUGUUUUCUAAAGCCUGUGCACUAAUAAUAGUUUCUACAUUUUCAUUUUAAAUGAUUUGGAAUAAGUCAAGAGAAGAAUAAUAUAACAUGAAAAUUAUAUGAAAUUUGAACCAUAGUGUUCACAAAUAAAGUUUUAUUGGAACACAUUGGAAUUCAUUUGUGUACAUAUAGUCUGUGGCCACUUCUGUGCUGUAAGGGCAGACUUGAAUAUUUGCAACUGUGAUAGUAUGGCCUGUAACACCUGAAAUAUUUACUGUAUGGCCCUUUACAGAAGGAGGAUGUUGACCCUUGUAAUAGAGUAUUGGCACCUAUUUCAGUAAAGAGUCUAUUACAAAGUCCAGGAAAGAGAUGAUAGUGGUUUUGACUGUGGGUAGCAGUAUACAUGGAUACAAGUGGAUGAGUAUGGGAACUAUUUUGGAGAAGGGGCGGAGAAAGCUUGCUAUUGAAUUGGUAUACUUGUAGAAUUGAUUGAAAAAGUUUAUUUUUCCUUUCCCGAAAAAAGAACCAUCUAGCCAAAAAGUAAACAGAUUAUGUUGCAUUUCCUUUUAUAUAUUACAUUUUAAAAGACAGAAGAUUUAUGUAACUCUUAAAAAGCAACUUCCAUAUAAAAUGAAAAGCAUUCAUAUAUUUGUCUGACAUAAAAAGGCAUUUAAAUUGUAAUCCUUGCUCUAUGACUAGCUUCUUGCUAUGUAUCUUAAACUUACUAAUCUCUUUCUACAUGAUGCACUCAUCCUAAAUAUUAAGACUGUUCUGGGCCUAACAGUAUAGCACAUUGUUUUAAAUGGCUUGCAAAUGUAAACUUAGGUGGAAUACUUAGAAACCACUCUAGUUUCCUUUAGGUUCUGUGACUAUAGCAUGUAAUUUUUCAUUUGCAUGAGUGUGUCACCUCUGGCAGGGUGAAACUUUUUAUUAUUUUUAGGGAUGAAAAUUACUUAUUUGGUUUGUUUUUUAAGUUUCCUUCAUUUUUUUUCCCCCUUGAAUAGCCUCCUGACUGUAAUGGAAAUAGUCUUUGAAACCUAAAGUUAGAGUAUCUGGCAUUUGCAAUACAAUUACCCUUUAAACAGCAAUCUAAAGUUUUAGCACAUGGAGCAGUUGUUUCUUUCCAUAUGCUAUACCUGAAAUUUAUAAAAAUUUUUAAGAAUUGUAUUUAUACAAUUCUUCAUACUUUUCUGUCUCUGGCAAAUGACUGACUAGAUAAUCUGAAAACCCUUCUGCUUCAAAUCACCUAAAAAUGCCAGCUAACAUAUAACAAACAUCCAUUUAAAUGAACAGCUGAGCUUUCAAGAAAUUAAGGAAACACUUAACGUAUAACAAACAUCCAUUUAAAUGAACAGCUGAGCUUUCAAGAAAUUAAGGAAACACUUAUGAUCCAAAAAUGAGGAAAAGACUGAAAAACAGGAAUAUGUGAGCUAACAUUUUGGCUGUUCUGUGAAUGGGGCAGGAGUUAGUUAUGGGCCAGGCAUUAUAGGGAUUUGAAUUUCAGUGCCCAUAUGAAAACAGGUUACAAGGCGUUGAGUUUGCACAAAGUAGGAAAUUGGCACAUCUAUGCAUAAAAUCAAGAUCCUUAAAGCACUGGACCUGCAGCAAAGAGGUUUAUGAAGAAAACCCAUCCACUAGCACUGGGAGACUACAGAGAAACUCGUGACUAUUAUAUGGUUAAAAAGAUUUUGGAGGAAAACAGUUCAGGUGACUUGAACAUAAAUUGCGUAGAUGUGCUUGGGAGAAAUGCUGUUACCAUAACUAUUGAAAACGAAAACUUGGAUAUACUGCAGCUUCUUUUGGACUACGGUUGUCAGUCCGCAGAUGCACUUUUGGUGGCAAUCGACUCUGAAGUAGUGGGAGCUGUUGAUAUACUACUUAAUCAUCGACCAAAACGAUCAUCAAGACCAACUAUAGUAAAAUUAAUGGAGCGAAUUCAGAAUCCUGAAUAUUCAACAACUAUGGAUGUUGCACCUGUCAUUUUAGCUGCUCAUCGUAACAACUAUGAAAUUCUUACAAUGCUGUUGAAACAGGAUGUAUCUCUACCCAAGCCCCAUGCAGUUGGCUGUGAAUGCACAUUGUGUUCUGCAAAAAACAAAAAGGACAGCCUCCGACAUUCCAGGUUUCGUCUUGAUAUAUAUCGCUGUUUGGCCAGUCCAGCUCUAAUAAUGUUAACAGAGGAGGAUCCAAUUCUGAGAGCAUUUGAACUUAGUGCUGAUUUAAAAGAAUUAAGCCUUGUGGAGGUGGAAUUCAGGAAUGAUUAUGAGGAACUAGCCCGGCAAUGCAAAAUGUUUGCUAAAGAUUUGCUUGCACAAGCCCGGAAUUCAAGAGAAUUGGAAGUUAUUCUAAACCAUACAUCUAAUGAUGAGCCUCUUGACAAACGGGGAUUACUAGAAGAAAGAAUGAAUUUAAGUCGUCUAAAACUUGCUAUCAAAUAUAACCAAAAGGAGUUUGUCUCACAGUCUAACUGCCAGCAGUUCCUGAACACUGUUUGGUUUGGACAGAUGUCAGGUUACCGACGUAAGCCCACCUGUAAGAAGAUAAUGACUGUUUUGACAGUGGGCAUCUUUUGGCCAGUUUUGUCACUUUGUUAUUUGAUAGCCCCCAAAUCUCAGUUUGGCAGAAUCAUUCACACUCCUUUUAUGAAAUUUAUUAUUCAUGGAGCAUCAUAUUUCACAUUCCUGCUGUUAUUAAACCUAUACUCUCUUGUCUACAAUGAGGAUAAAAAAAACACAAUGGGGCCAGCCCUUGAAAGAAUAGACUAUCUACUUAUACUGUGGAUUAUUGGUAUGAUUUGGUCAGAUAUUAAAAGACUCUGGUAUGAAGGAUUAGAAGACUUUUUGGAAGAAUCCCGUAAUCAACUCAGUUUUGUCAUGAAUUCACUUUAUUUGGCAACUUUUGCCCUCAAAGUGGUUGCUCACAACAAGUUUCAUGAUUUUGCUGAUCGGAAGGACUGGGACGCAUUCCAUCCUACUCUGGUGGCAGAAGGGCUUUUUGCAUUUGCAAAUGUUCUAAGUUAUCUUCGUCUCUUUUUUAUGUAUACAACAAGCUCUAUAUUGGGUCCACUACAGAUUUCAAUGGGACAGAUGUUACAAGAUUUUGGAAAAUUUCUUGGGAUGUUCCUUCUUGUUUUGUUUUCUUUCACAAUUGGACUUACACAACUGUAUGAUAAAGGCUAUACCCCGAAAGAACAGAAGGACUGUGUAGGCAUCUUCUGUGAACAGCAAAGCAAUGAUACCUUCCAUUCGUUCAUUGGCACUUGUUUUGCUUUGUUCUGGUAUAUUUUCUCCUUAGCACAUGUGGCAAUCUUUGUCACGAGAUUUAGUUAUGGAGAAGAAUUGCAGUCUUUUGUUGGAGCGGUUAUUGUUGGGACGUACAAUGUCGUGGUAGUGAUUGUGCUCACCAAGCUGCUGGUGGCAAUGCUUCACAAAAGCUUCCAGUUGAUAGCAAAUCAUGAAGACAAAGAAUGGAAGUUUGCUCGAGCAAAGUUAUGGCUUAGCUACUUUGAUGACAAAUGCACAUUACCCCCACCUUUCAACAUCAUUCCUUCACCAAAGACUAUAUGCUACAUGAUUAGUAGCCUCAGUAAGUGGAUUUGCUCUCAUACAUCAAAAGGCAAAGUUAAACGGCAAAACAGUUUAAAGGAAUGGAGAAAUCUGAAGCAAAAGAGGGAUGAGAACUACCAAAAAGUGAUGUGCUGCUUAGUGCAUCGUUAUCUGACGUCCAUGAGGCAGAAGAUGCAAAGUACAGAUCAGGCAACUGUGGAAAACCUAAAUGAACUACGUCAAGAUCUGUCAAAAUUCCGAAAUGAAAUAAGGGAUUUACUUGGCUUUCGGACUUCUAAAUAUGCUAUGUUUUAUCCAAGAAAUUAACCAUUUUCUAAACCAUGGAGAGAAUAAUUUUCAGUAAUAAACCUGAAAGACUG